GAUUGAUCGAUAUACCCAAAGGUCGCAAAAAAUCAGGAAGGAAUUCCAACGAAAGCGCUAUGGUAUUUUUUGUCUUCAAAGGACCUGUAACGUUUCAACUCGAUACGCAAAUGUUUACGGUCAAAGAAGGAGCUCAAUUCUUUGUUCCGCGAGGUAAUAUGUACAGCAUAACAAACCCAAGCAAAAGGAGCGAAGCACGAUUAUUUUUUGCUCAAGCUAAAAA